AUGAAUGCUGGACAACAACAAGCCACUAACAUUGCCAUUGCUGGACAUAAUUUGUUGCUACUUGGUGCUGCUGGCACCGUGCAGCUUAUAUUUGUGGGCGAUUUUUUUCAACUUCCCACGGUGGCAAAUUUGCUUUAUGAAGAUGAUGGUUAAUACUGUUUUCAAAGUCCACAAUUUGCUUCAAUGUUCUCUCAUAAAAUUGUACUGAACGAUAAUGUGAGGACAAAAGAUGAACAGUUAAUGAAAUUGAUAACAGAAGUAUUUUCUGGUGGCAUUUCUGCUGACAGUGAGAAGUUUCUGGCAAGUUUGAAAAGGCCAUUACCAGUUUACCAAGCAAGUGACAGUAUUAAACUAUUUGCAAAGAAUGAUCUGGUAGAUGAUUUCAACCGUACGAGCUUGCUUGAUUAUCCUGGAGAUUUGUACCAGUUCAAGUCAACAGACUCCGAAGACAUAUCUGGGAUUCGUACAAUAUCUGCCCCUGAAAUACUUUGGGUAAAAGUUGGAUGUCCUGUGAUUUUGCUACAAAAUUUAUCCGACAAACUAGUAAAUGGACUAGUAGGAAGAAUUCAUAGCAUUAGUGUAGAAACUGGGCCUGUAGUGGAAUUUGCGACGAUUGGAGAAACUGUCAGUGUUCAGAAAGCUAAGUUUAGUGUUCUCAAUCCUGCUUUGAAUACGAAUAUUGCUGAGCGAGAGCAGUAUCCACUGAAACCAGCCUUUGGACUGACCAUACAUAAGGCUCAAGGAAUGUCACUGAACAGAGUAGAAAUAGACUGCCAGGAAAUAUUCAGGCCUGGACAGCUUGGCGUUGCCUUGUCAAGAGCUACCAACAGCCAUGGGCUGCGUGUCAUCAACUUUCACCAAAGAUAUCUCAUUAAGCCUCCUGCCCUUAUCACUGAAUUCAUGAGGAAAGAGUCAGCAGAGAUCCUACAAAGUUUGACUUGCUGCCAGACACCAAUAUGGUAA